AUGCCGCUGAUACGAAUUGAAGUAUGCAACUUUAAAUCAUACCGAGGCCAUCAAAUUAUUGGACCCUUUAAAAAUUUUACGUCUGUCAUUGGCCCGAAUGGCGCCGGAAAGUCAAACCUCAUGGAUGCCAUCUCCUUCGUGCUUGGUGUCAAGAGCGCACAACUUCGGAGCAGCCAGCUCAAGGAUCUUAUCUACCGUGGCAGGAGAUUGGCCAGACAAGGGGAAGGCGGUGAUGAGGUUAUCGACGAUCCUGAGUCUGACGGGGAGGAUCAAGGAGAAGGUUCUGCUACCAAAGCCUGGGUUCUGGCUGUCUACGAGGAAACUGGAGGGACCCAAUACCACUUUCAGCGAACGCAAGUGUUUAUAGAGUUGUAUCCAGUCUCUUUAUUUAUACAUCUUUUUCGUAGGAUAUCGACCGCAGGGGGAAGUGAAUACCGUCUCAAUAAUAGAGUCGUCACAUACCAAGCAUAUAACCAAACCCUUGAGAAACACAAUAUUCUGGUGAAAGCCAAAAAUUUCCUCGUAUUUCAGGGGGAUGUUGAAGCGGUAGCAUCUCAGUCACCCAAGGAUUUGACGCGCCUCAUCGAGCAAAUCAGCGGAUCACUGGAGCUCUCCGCAGAUUACGAUCGAACAAAAGCUGCCCAGGAUCGUGCGACGGAGAGUGCUACUUUCAGUUACACAAAACGCCGUGGUAUUGCUGGUGAAAUCAAGCAGUUUAAGGAACAAAAAGCUGAGGCUGAGCGCUUCGAAAGGAAAUGCAAGGAACGAGACUCACAAAUCAUCAAUCGUUUUCUUUGGAGACUAUUUCACAUUGAAGAGAACAUCAAUAAAAAUACGGCAACGAUCAAAGGCAAGAGCAAGGAAAUUUCCGGACUCAAAAAAGAACAGGCACAGUCUCCAUCCGAACUUCUGGGUUUCUCAAUAUUCACGCCUCAGAUUCUUUCCAGGAAAAGUACAACUCACGGCUGGAUCAUCAAGACUACUGAAAAGUUACUUGAGGGUAAGAACCCCGGUCUCGUCGCUGUCGACACCCAAAUAGCGCACACGCAACGGAAGAUCGCCAAGGCGAAGGAAAUGUCCACCACGGUUGCGAAGGAAGUACUUGAACAAGAGAAAUCUCUCACUCGCCUGAGUGAUGACCUUGAGACAGUUAGAAAAGCGGCAACAGAGGCGGAAGAGGAGCAACGCCGAGCCACUCAGAAGGGUCUGGCCCUUUCUGAAGAGACCCUUUCUGAGUAUCGCUCGCUGAAGGCGAAAGCUGCAACUGAGGCCGUCAAUGAACGCCAACAAAUAGAAUCAUUGACCCGAGAUGAGAAGGCCCAAUCUCGCAAUUUGGCGACCCUUGAGUAUAAAAGGGAUCAACUAAAGACUCAACGUGAGAAACUCAACCUCGACGUGGAGUCUACAAAAGCCGUCAAAAAUGAGAGUGAGGAGAAGGUCGCCAAUUUGCAACAAGAACUGGCGCAAGUUCGGCAGGAGCUUCGAAAUCAUGAAUCGGAGAAACGCCGAAUAACACAACUCGAGAGGGAAGUAAACGAAAAGCUGGCGGAUUGUCACCGGAAACUCCUUGCAGCGGAUGUGGAUCGUAAGGAAACCGAGCGGGAGGCAAAAUUAAAGGAAACUUUCUCUGCCCUCCAGAAGCUGUUCCCAGGAGUCCGAGGUCGAGUCGUGGACCUUUGUAAACCAACUUCGCGCAAGUACGAGAUUGCCGUGUCUGUUAUUUUGGGUCGAAAUAUAGACGCCAUUGUCGUGGAUCACGAAAAAACAGCAAUAGAUUGUAUCGAGUACAUGCGUAAUCAGAGAGCGGGAAUAGCCACCUUCAUCCCGUUGGACACUAUUCAAAUCAAGCCCGUCAACGACAAAUUUCGAAGCAUUGCGAAAGGUGCGCGCCUUGCAGUGGAUGUGAUUCAGUUCGAUGCGUCGGUCGAGCGUGCUAUGCACCAUGCAUGCGGCAAUGCGUUGGUCUGUGAUACCAUGGACGUAGCGCGUUAUGUUGUUUAUGAGAAAGGCCAAGAAGUGAAAGCUGUUACACUGGAUGGUACCAUCAUUCACAAGAGCGGCCUUAUUACUGGAGGCAAGAGUACUCAUGGGAGCGGGAAGAAAUGGGAAGAAAAUGAAAUCCAAGGGGUCCGCCGAGCCCAAGAAACCUACCUCUCACAAUUAAGGGAACUCCAGAAGGCGAAACCCCGUGGCCAGGUUGAGGAGAACCUUACAAGAGAGCUGUCACGCCUGGAAUCAACCUUAGCAAUAGCUCGAGACGACCAUAACGCGAACAAAACACGCCUGACUGGGCUACAAAGUGAGCUUAGACACAUCGAGAAAGAGCUGGCGUCGUCGAAUCCAGAACACGAGGCUAUAACUUCUGCCUUGGCAGAAUUACGAACCAAGAUGGCAUCGUUUCAGCAAGUCAUUGAUGCUGCAGAUGACAAAAUCUUUGCUUCAUUUUGUCGUACUAUUAAAGUGAAAACCAUCCGCGAAUACGAGGAGCGACAGCUUAGAGCUAUGCAAGAAGGAGGCGACAUCCGCAUGCGCUUCAGAAGAGUUUCCUUUGACGAAGCACAACUUCAGGCAACCAGGGACAGAUUAACGGCGCUUCAGAAGAUCGUCGAGAGCGAUCAAGAUGUGCUACAGAAACUGGUUGAGAAAAAAUCUGCGGUAGAGCAAGAGAUCGAGUCUUUAAAAUCUGAAAUCGGGGAUCACAAGUCCACUUUGAAAAACUUAUCGGGCGAAUUUGAACAAAGAACCAAAGCUCUCGAGGAGAACGAUGAGAUUGAAAGCUUGGCGUCAGAAAGAUUCCAGAUCUAUCGCAAAUGUCGGCUGGAAGAGAUCGCUUUACCUCUCGAAGAGGGCAGCAGUCUCGAUGAUGUUCCGUUGGAAGAAGAUGUGGAUGAUGCGGCUAUGGAAGUGGAUGACGAUGGUUUGCGGCCGCGCCAGGUGCAAGACUACGGGAUUGAGGUUGACUUUGGAUCACUGGAUGAAUCUGACAAAGAGGAUGGGUCCGCUAGUCACGGAGCGGAGUUGGAUGCAGACAUAAGCAAAAUCAUCUCCGAAAUCGAGCAGAUGACUCCCAAUAUGAAGGCUAUGGCUCGGUUGGAUGACGUAGAAGCAAAGCUUAUCGACACUGACAAGGAAACAGAGAAAGCUCGCAAAGAAGUCAAAACAGCUCGGGACGAGUUCAAUGCAAUUAGGAAAAAGCGCACCGACCUCUUCAACAGAGCGUACUCGCAUAUUUCAGAUGGCAUUGACAAGGUUUACAAAGAUCUCACAAAGGGAAAAGCAGCUCCACUCGGUGGUGUAGCAUACUUGAACUUGGAGGAUACAGAGGUAAGUGGGACUACGUCGACGUCUGCCCAUGUUCAAUGUCCCCUGCUAGGAACCAUACCUGGCGGUGUCAAAUAUACUGCUAUGCCCCCAAUGAAACGGUUUAGGGAUAUGGAUCAGUUAUCUGGCGGAGAAAAAACAGUAGCAGCUCUAGCGCUGCUUUACCAACCCUCGCCAUUCUUCGUUCUGGACGAGGUUGACGCUGCUCUGGAUAACACAAAUGUCGCAAAGAUCGCCAAUUACAUACGUUCACAAGCCUCAGAAACUUUUCAAUUCAUAGUGAUCAGCUUGAAAGGCUCGCUAUACGAGCGGGGCAACUCGUUAGUUGGCAUAUAUCGCGACCAGGAUCUGAAUAGCUCCAAAACCAUGACUCUCGACCUCACCGUUUAUGCUGAGUAA